AUGACAACUCAGCAUCAAGAGACCCUCAACAAUAAUGACUCCGAUGCAGUCAUUAUUGGCCAUGAGGACAUUAGCAAUUAUAAUCCGAACCAAAUCCUUCCAGAAUCUCCCGAGACCCUCCAAAAGAUCCGCGACUGGCUCAAGCCCACCGCUUACAAUGCUCCUGGUGGGGAGUAUGAGAAGCACCUGAAAUCCCAUGUCCAAGGCACAGGGACAUGGCUCACUUCAGAUGAAUCUUAUGCAAAAUGGCUUGGAGGCUCAGAGGAGGGCUUGCUUUGGAUUCAAGGCAUUCCUGGAUCGGGUAAAUCAGUGAUCGCAGCAAAUCUGAUUCACACCCUAUCAACGUCUAAUCCCGGAGCUCCUGUAUUACUCUUCUUCUUCCGGCAGAUCAUCAAUGCCAAUCAUAAGCCUCAAGCUCUGUUGCGAGACUGGCUGGACCAGCUCUUGACUUAUAGUCCUCCUUUGCAAAAGGAGUUAAAAGGCUAUAUAGAUGCAGGGCGAUCAAUUGAAAGUCUAUCAACGGAGAGCCUAUGGAAAGACUUACGGAAGGCAUUCAGUUGUCUUCCUGGUAAGGUCUUCUGCGUUGCAGAUGCUCUUGAUGAGAUGGACGGUGGAAAUGAGUCUUUUCUGCAAGACCUCGCGUCACUUGGAUCUUUCCAACCAGAAGAGGUCAAAGUACUCGUUACUAGCCGGCCUGUCCCCAAUGUUGCGAUACCACUCCGAAAAGGCGCUCCUUUACAAGUUCGAUUACAAGAAAAUCUAGUCGACGUGGAUAUUUCAACCUUUGUCCAAUCGGCACUCUCUGUCUCUAAUAUGCCACCAAGCGAUCAGGAGUUGAUAAGAAAUGCAGUUCCAGGGCGGGCCAAUGGCCUUUUUCUCUAUGCCAAGCUGGCAAUGGACGCGUUUCUUGAACCAAAGACCGAGAUUCAGCAAGUCAUUCAGAAACUUCCAACUGACUUGAAUGCGUUGUAUACCGAACUUUUGGCGCAGCAUGCACAGAGAUCAAGUGUGCCGUCUGGUGUUCAGCAACUCAUCCUUCAAGCGGUUACCCACGCUACUCGACCUCUUCGCCUGCUUGAACUUGCCGAGAUGAUUCGAUUUAGUAAUCCUGAUAACUCCUCCAGAGAUCUCAAGGCGACAAAGGAGUUGAUAAGAACUGCUUGCGGCCCCCUUCUAGAGAUCCUCGCCGACGAGACGAUAUCAGUCAUUCACCACUCAUUCACUGAGUACCUGAAAGGGACAACAAGAUCCAGCAAGGAGCCUGGAUAUCACAUUCUGCACCCCGCCCCCACGCAUGCGAAUCUUGCUUUUGAAUGUCUUCGCUACCUUGAAUCCAGGGAUUCGGUCAGCUAUUGGAUCGGAUGUGUCGGCGGCAUACCUCCACCCGUAAUUCCAUUAUUCGGGCUUUGUAGCGUGGCUGAUGCUGCAGAGAAAGAAGCCCGACUGAGACUUCAGCACCCAUUUCUCGACUACGCUGCGAAAAACUGGCAUCGACAUGUUCGCAAGUCGGAAAAGUCAGGGUUUGAUCAGUAUGAAAUCAACAUUCAAAUUCAACGAUUAAUUGGGCGGGAGAUGUUCAAGGUGUCACCGAUUCAUAUCGCGGCAAAAUUAGGACUGGCAUCCUAUGCCCGAGACGUCGUUUUAUUAGGGGAUAUUGACCCCAAUACCCCUGAUCGGGAUGGGCUCACUCCAAUGUGGCUAGCAGCGAGUAAGGGGCACCCAGAAAUGAUCCGCGUGCUGGUUGCCGCCGGUGCAAAUCCAGACCAGGAGAUUGCUUCUUCCGGACUGAAACCUCUGCACGAGGCAGCAACCCACAAUCAUCAUUUAGUUGUGCAAGCCCUACUAGAAGCUGGCGUCGACCCCUUGACCCCAAAAACCAAAGAUGACUCCGCGUUUUCUUGUGGGAGCAGAACAAGCACAAUGGGCGAUACGCCGCUAAUGUACGCAUGCCACAACGGCCACGUGAAAAGUGUAGAGGUAUUCUUGUCCUUUUUGAAAAACAUCAGCACGGUUCAUCAAGCGUUGAUGUGGGCUUCCGAGAUGGGCAAGUCAGAAGUUGUUGCGAGGAUUCUACGGCAUCCUGGUGUCGAUUCAAACGCGAAAGUCCUAGGCGAUACGCCGCUGUUCCGAGCUUGUGCCUAUCCUGACCUUGGAACAGUUCAAGUAUUACUAGAUGCUGGUGCAGAUCCAAGACUCGGUUGUGAAUGCCGCCGGGAUGGAUUCGGUUGGUUGGACUCCAACGAUUCCCAGAACAAACCCCAGACCUACAACUGCCUCCAUCGACUGUGCGGUCUGGGGGCGAAUGUUCCCUCCAAUCCUAGAAAGCCUCUCGAAAGUGAUCUCUGCGAGAUCCUGCGAUUGCUCAUUGAAACUGGCAUUGACAUACAUGAACGCACUCCACGAGGGCAAACCGCAUUACAUGGCGCGGUACGCUCAGCUGGCAUGACCCGUGCUCUCAUAGAAGCUGGAGCAGAUGUCAACGCGGUUGAUUCAUUGGGAAACACUCCCCUUUACAACGUCAAAUCGUCCGAGGUCUUGCAGAUACUGGUUGAGCAUGGCCACGCCAACAUCGAGACUAUCAAUUCCAAGGGGCAAACUCCCCUUCAUUUUAUGCUGUCUUUCUUUUCACAUGAGCCAUCCGGUAUAGAAUCUAUCAUCAAGUUCAUUACAUACGGGCCUGAUUGCAACAUCCCCGAUGGUAACGGGAAUAGGCCCCUUCACAUCGUGGUACAGCCUACCUAUCCCAAGGCACCGCUCAUUCAAGCCUUACUUGAUGGAGGGGCUGAUUCAAGUCUAAAGAAUGCUCGCGGAGUAUCCCCCUUACUCUCAAUAUGUCUAUCCCCGGAAUCAAUGCCAGCCAUCAACAUGCUUCUAGAUGCGGGCGCUGACAUUAACGCGGCCGACAGCAAUGGUGAAACUUUGCUCUUCGGGGGCCUCGCAAAUUUCUCCUUCGAGAAAGAAGACGAGGGCCGUUGUAUUAAAGCUUUGAUAGAGAGGGGUGCCGACAUUGCAGUUCGUGACCUCGCAGGUCGCACCAUUCUGCACGCAACUGUUGGAACACACAUUUUCUUGCAGAAUGAUACAGAAUCUACUCAUGGAUGCAAGAAGUUGGACUUCUUGGUCAGCCUUGGCCUCGAUCUCCAGGCCGUCGACUCGCUGGGGAACACCCUCCUUCAUGAGCUGGCGGAGCGCGCGCGGGCCACAUCAAGUCUAGAUCAUGGCCACUCGAUGGUGGACUGCUGGAGGAAGCUGGUGGCGAAUGGCUUGGAUGUAGACCAGAAAAACCAUGCUGGUCGUACUGCACUGCACAUCCUGUCUGCCACAGAUGCCAACUGGCUAACCACCGAACCCGGGCGCCCAGCACCGAUCGACUUUGUGAUUUCCCAAACCCAAGAGAUUGACAGUCCCGAUGAGGACGGAAUCACGCCGCUUCAUCUAGCUGCAGCUGGCAGUGUUUCAAAUACAGCAAAGCUGCUUGAAGCCGGGGCAGAUCCUGCACUGGCUACGCACGAAGGCUUGACGGCACUUCACUUGGCAUGCCGUGCGAGGCAAAGCAACACAGUAGGCCUUCUCAUCAGUUCUCUCCAAUCAGAACUGGGACAGAGUGUCCUGGACCCUUCAUCCUCGUCCACCGUCGGCGUGAAUGCUAAAGCUAGGGGGUUUGAUUAUAUAACUCCUCUUUUUUACGCCUGCCGGUCGGGGCAACCUGAAACUGUAGCACUCCUCAUUGAAGCUGGUGCAGAAGUAAACGACCAUGCAUUGAAGGGGUGUGCUGGUUUCGAAGAUGAGAAUGCGCUUUGGUCAAGACAUAGCGGUCCAUUGAAAGGUACUUCCUUGUUUGGAGCGUCGCCAUUUACAGUAAGAGAUACUUCGACACCGACGAGUAUUUUCAGCAGGGUAUCCAGAGCUGUUACAAGUCCCCGCACGGUACCAUACACCAACCCGGUCAAGUUGGAAGAUACCGCGCGCCCGGCAGACGGAUCCUCCAGAUUCACUUCAGAUAUGGGGGUAGGAGUGACAGCCAGACUAGAGGAGAUCUUGGAUAUGCUUCUCAGCAAAUCCGCAGGCCUACUUCCGUUCCUCCAAGGCUUCAUCGAUGAGGCCGUGAGAGACCAGAAAGCCUACACCGCCAGAUGCUUUUCGGACGCCCUCAAGAGAUACAGGGACGGAACAGAGCUGGAGGACAUCGUGGAGAUCGCCAACUCUGAUGAUAGGGAAGCGUACAAAGCAGAAACAAGACUGCUAGAAGGUGCAAAAUCCGGGGAAAGCAAUCAGGAACUCUUCAAAAAUUUGAUACAUCAAAGACAAUAUCAGGCCGUGAAUGAAUUGGCCAGGAAAAAGGCUGAUUUCCUUACUAUCUCUGAAGAGACUGUUGACUGCAAUUUUUCUGUUCUGGUUAAGAAUGGAUUUUCCUCCCUCGUCAAAACGGUUGGUGAUAUUGAAACGACAUCAAGAUUGGUUGGCGGCCAGUGGCAUGCCUUUGGAGACAAGACACGUCCCGGUCUCUGGUCUGAGGGGAACAAUGAGAUCGCAACAGCAGGGCCAGCAUUUCUAGUUCAGGCGGUGUCACGACAGCUGCCCAACAUGGCCAUUGUUCAACUUUUGGUUGAGAGUUUCCGAGUCGACAUCAAUGAGUUUGAGUAUCAGCGCCAGCGAGUCAACAACGAGUCCAUCGUGGUUCCAGCGAGUUCAGCACUCCAUCAGGUCGCGCAUGGCCGCACCUGGUGGCAAACUUUUCAAGCACUUCCUUACUUACUCAAGGCUGGCGCGAAUAUAGAGAUUCGAAAUUUCAAAGGCGAGACCCCGCUACUGUCAGCCCUUGAGGAGAUAUCUACUCGCCCUGGCCUCUUUCAGACACAUGUCGUCAGAACUUUGCUCGAAUGGGGUGCGGAUGUUAAUGCAGUUGAUAAUGUUGGCAACACCUGCCUUUCUUACGCAAAUAGAGACAUCAACCUUCUAAAGGCUCUCAUGAAGCGAGGGGCAACACCCUCCAUUAGGGCCGUCUUCGCGGCAAUGGAGCAGCUCAAGGUUGAUACUCUCGAGGCGUUUCUGAAGGCGGGUUUUGAUCCCAACACAAAACGAAUAGACCAGCCCCCGCAGGUCUUAGGAUCAGGAUUAUUUGGGAAAAGGACCGAGCCACAGGGAUCAACUGAGGAUCUACCGAUAUACUAUGCUUGUUUAAAGCUGAAGGACUUUUCGGGACCACCGGAUUCUGACAAGCAUAAAAAGAUGACGGAGAUUGUGCAGAUGUUAUUGAAGUAUGGAGCUGAUCCAUUCGCAAAAUUCCUCGUCAAAGCCAUGACCCCGUAUUCCAACUAUGGUAAUGAGAACAAGACGGAUCCCUUCCAUAGGGGUACGGCCUCACCAAGUGUCCCUGAAGGAUAUGAAGAACGCACGGUUUUGCACGAACUGAUGCGACGCGGCGAACCACCGAACAUCCUGCUUGACAUUGAAGGAUUGGAGAUCAAUCGCCAAGAUGCCCAAGGCCGGACUCUACUCCAGUUGGCCUGCCAGAAUAACCCUGACCAAAUCACCACCGCUGACCAGGAAGGUGGCGAUCAGCUGACUCGCUUUCAGAAACUUGUUUCUCUCGGAGCUACGCUUGAGGCUCGGGACAACUUUGGUCAGAACAUCUUGCAUUAUCUGGUCGAUCGCGAUGUCUACAUCGAAACGCCCAAGCUUACACUUGGCCAUAUUCUAGACAAGGCUCCACAUCUAGCCUUGCAAUCGGACAACGCAGGACAUACGCCUCUUCAUAACGCAGUCCGCCUUGCUGCUUUCAGACGGCACACUGAUACAGCAGAGACGCUCCUCUCCGCCGGAGCUGAUGCACUCGCCGUUAGAAAGAGCGGAGACAAUAUGCUGCAUCUCCUCGCGACAAACCUCGACACACCCGAGUUACGAAAUAUCUUCCAUGAUUUAGCGAGGCGUGGCGUGGAUAUCAAUGCACGCAACGCGGAUGGAGAGACCCCAUUGUUCGCCUUUAGCAAGCGUCCUAAGAAAAUGUUAGGAGGUUUGUUCGGUGGUGGCUCUGGCGGCUUGUUCGCGCCUCUGCGCGAGUAUUCAGAGGAUGGUGCUCUACAAUUAUUCCAGAACCUGGGCGCGGACUUUUCUGUGAGAAACGGUAAAGGUCAGGGCCUGUUGCAUGUUGCGGCUUCUGGGGAUGUUGGGCGGUUCAAGGAGUUGCUGAGCAUGAGGCUGGAUCCGAUGCUUGAGGACGAUGCCCAUCAGACGCCCAUUGACGUCGCGGCAGCUUGUGGGAAUCAGGAUAUUUUGGCUUUGUUUGAGAAGAAGAACUAA